AUGGAAAGUGGCAGCGUAAGUGUGUCUUCGCGUGUCGGUGAGAUCUGGAGCAAAGUGAAGCAAUUCAUCACCAUCGAACCGGUGAUCGUUUUCUACAUCUUCGGUGUGGUUUGCGGUACAGCGUUUAAAGUGUUUGAGUACGAAAAGGCCUGCGCUACCAAGCUCGGUGCUGACUUGCGGGUCUGUGAGUAUUUUGUUGAGCUGGAGGAUGAUGACAUAUGCUCCGAGCCGGACGAUACCAACCGAACGCUUGCCGGUGUGGCGAACUUUAGCGAGUUUCGAAGUUUAGUUUGUGAAGCUCAACAACAGUCAACGAACGAGGUAGUUUUUUUGAACUCGUAUCGCAGCAUUGUUGUGGGUAUUGUGCAAGCGGUAGUGCUGCUGUUUGCUGGCAGUUGGAGCGAUCGUGUUGGGCUGCGAAAACCCUGCAUUCUUGUGCCGAUCGCGGCAGAUAUCGUGGCAUUCAGCAUAUACAUUCUGAGUGCUAUAUUUAUGCGCGAAAUACCGCUGGAAGUAGCAGGAAUAUUACCGAACCUAAUAAUUGCAUUCAGUGGUGGUGUGCCGUUGGUAGUCACUGGCAUUUACAGCUACCUGACCGUGUGUACAGAUGAGAAAGAUCGUACAUUUCGGUUUGCGUGCACCGCCGUUGUGUAUGCAACCGUGCCGAUCGUGGCCAACUUCUUCAGCGGACAUUUGUUCAAGUACUUUGGAUUUAUUAAACUAUGUGCGUUGUGUAUAGUCACUGACAGCAUUGGUCUUCUGUACGGGUUGUUCAUCCUGAAGGAACCAGCAGACCUAAAAGCUACCGCUGCCAACCAGGCCAACGCAGGAAAUGCUAAAUUGUCCAAAACAACCUUACGCCAGCUGUUUGACAUAGGGCUGGUGGUGGAUUGCGUGAAAGUGUUUCUCAAAAAACGGGACUUCAAUUGCCGGAACAUCCUGUACCUGACCGUGCUGGCGUACUUCAUCAACUACGGUGCGCUCGGUGAUGGGGAAUCGGCCGCAAUCCUAGCGUACGUCCAGUUCAACUGGAUAACCAAUCUCGGCACCUGGAUAUCGUACGAUCUGCUAACGACCAUGCUGGGAACCCUGUUGGCUAUGGGCGUGCUGAGCAAACGGCUCGGCGUUUCGGACGCGAUGAUUUGUGUGUUUUCCGUGUGCUUCUCGCUGGUGGGAAAACCGAUCAUGGCCAUUGCUGUGUCGACCCUGAAACCGUACCUGUACUACGUCGCCACCUCGAUCGAUGUGUUCGAGGGCAGUAAAAUGAUCGCAAUCCGGAGCAUCGUAUCGAAGCUGGUCGGGCAGGAUGAGAUUGGAAAAAUGCUGUCCAUACUGGGAAUUGUGGAUUCUGCUCAGGUUGCCAUCUAUCCGACGAUCUACAGCACGGUUUAUUUGAAGAGCCAAUCGUUCUUCGUUGGCAGUGUGUUCCUACUCAGCGAAGCGUUUCUGCUGGUCUCCCUGGGAAUUUAUGGUGCGCUGUUCCUGAUGUCCCGACGAUCGGAAUAUGAUAAAAACAGAGCACAGUCAUCCACCAAGCAGGGAAUCGAUAAUCCUGCAGUGGAUAUUACUGCACUUUGAUGAUUUUAUCUGCAUCUCACGAAACGUCAUAG